CCUAGGGUCUGCUGUAUUCUCUGAUAUAGGAAGACACAUAACAGGGUGAUCCAGGGCACUGGUGAUAUUGAUUAAGUAAAAGAGAGUUCAAGAUAGUGUAGCUGGCUGAUUGGCGGGUGGGUCAGGACUGGUCAACCCCGCCUUCUGCCGAUGCUUCGAAUCCUCUCUCCACUUCUCUUCCCUCCUUACUCCGGUCUCCGUUUCCCCCAACUACAACAUGGCCUCCGCAUCCGAUAUCAAACCCUGGCUCCGUCCACCCCCGCAGUCGUAUCUCCUCGCCCACGCCUCCAUUGUGGAUGUUGAGACCGGGACCGUCCUGGAGAACCACCAGGUGGUGGUCCGCGCGGGGAAGAUCGCGUCGGUGUCAUCGUCUCCGCCCGACGAGCUGCCGCCCAACUGCGUGACGGUGAAUUGCGAGGGCAAAUACAUCUGCCCCGGAUUGUUUGACGCCCACGUCCACUUCGUCGCCGUGCCCGGGUUCCCGGAUCUGUCCAUGGCCUUUGGGAAUUUCAACGAUGUCUCCCUCCUGCGACAGCCGUACGUCGCCAUCCAGAUGCUCCACCGCGGGUUCACCAGUGUGCGAGACUGCGGAGGCGCCCAACUGGCCUUGAAACAGGCCAUCGAAGACGGCGUAUUUCCCGGUCCCCGCCUGUUCAUCGCCGGCCACGCCCUGUCGCAGGCGGGCGGCCACGGCGAUAUUCGCAGCGCCCACGACCACGUACCAUGCUGCGGAGGACAUACCAACGGCCUGGGGCGCAUCUGCAAUGGGGUGCCCGAGUGCAUGACGGCCGUGCGCGAGGAAAUUCGGUCCGGGGCGGAUUUCAUCAAGAUCAUGGGCUCCGGCGGCGUCUCCACCCCGACGGACCGGUUGGACCAGCUGCAGUUCACCCGGUCAGAAAUCCAGGCCAUCGUCGAAUGCGCUGAGAAUGCCGGCACCUAUGUCACCGCCCAUGCGUAUACCCCCAAGGCCAUUCGGCAUUGCAUCGACAAUGGCGUCCAGGGGAUCGAGCACGGCAACUUCAUCAGCGCGGAGGUCGCGCGCAUCAUGGCCGACCGGGGGAUCUACUUGACCCCGACCCUGAUCACCUAUGCCGAGAUGGAUUCCGCUCGGUGGCGAGGCUACCUGUCGGCUGAUGCACAGGCCAAGAACUCCGAAGUGCUGGUGGCCGGCUUGCACGGCCUGAAGAUCGCGGCCGAUGCGGGAGUGACUAUCUGCUAUGGCAGCGACCUCCUGGGUCCGCUGGGGUUGGCCCAAACGGGGGAGUUUGCCCUCAGGGCUCGGGUUCUCAGUCCGCUGGCCGUGCUGCAGAGCGCCACCAUCAAUCCCGCCCAGAUGAUGGGUCACGCAGGACGCAUCGGGCAAGUAAAGGCAGGAUUUUGGGCGGACAUCCUGAUUCUCAGUAAGAACCCGCUGGACGAUGUCACCAUCUUCGAUCGUCCCGAAGAAUGUCUCCUCGGGGUGAUGAAGGAGGGUCGGGUGUAUAAAAGUCGCUGGGAGGGGCUGCAGGAGGAUGCCCAGGUCCCAGUACGAGUGACGCCGUCCAAGCAAUAGUCUGAUCGGAUCGGCGCAUCACCCAGGCUAUUCACCCUAGGCCAGAAGGGCAAUCACGGCACGAAUGAAUCAUGAAAUGUAGGUAAUGUAGUGAGAGGGGCGAUCAUUGUAGAGAAAUCUAUGCUAGGGCUGUUCUCCUGCCAUCGGAGUCUCCAUCAGAUUCAGCCAGGCUCCGUCCACAUCUUCCUGUCCCAUAAACACCUCCACCACUCGCAACC